AUGCCCGACCCCGAGUGCCACAUACGGUUCGAUAACAACCCAUACGGAGUGUAUCUUGCCGGGCAAACACUAGCCGGCCAAGUCGAGCUCCGUUUGACAGAAAUACUUAGCGUAAUUGGUAUAAGCUUGCGGCUUGAUGGACUUACCGAAAUCGAAUGGUCGGAAGUGGUCGAAUCAGCUACAGGACAGCCGGGUGGUCGUAAGACGACACGCUAUCACGGCCAACAAACGCUUCUCAACUCGACCAGCUUCCUCUGCGGCUCGUCUAUUGGGCCGGUGCGAGACCUAGCCGUCGGAACGCAUACGUAUCAUUUCUCCUGUGAACUGCCUGCCCACCUACCGACCUCGUUCGAGGGUUACCACGCACGCAUCCGGUACACUGCCAAGGUGUCGCUGCAUCGGACGAAAGCACGCACCGAUCCGAUCGGGCAGACCAGCUUCACCGUGCUACGGCAUCUGAACCUGAACGAGCACGGCGAGGUGCUGAUACUGCCCACGAAGAGCGAACUGACGAAGGUGUUUUGCUGCGGACCGUGCUCGUCCGAACCACUAUACAUAUCGGCCCAGAUAGCCCGGUGCGGGUACAUACCGGGCCAAACGAUUGUGAUGAAGAUAGACGCGGUAAACCGAAGCCGCACAACGGUGACCGAGUUUCGCGUCAAGUUGAUCCAGAAGCUGUGCUACACCAGUCAGCAUCCCACGGUGGAAGCCCAUUCGGAUGCGCUGGUAGUGGCGGAGUCGCGCUGUUCCGGCGUUACCUCGGGCGAGGUAGUGAAACACCAGCAAAAUCUGCUCAUCCCGGCACUGCCACCGACUUACACGGACGGUUCGCCUAUCUUCAGCAUCAACUACGAGCUGGAGGUGGAGGCACGGGUAACCGGACCGAACAUUAGCCCACGGCUGGCAAUGCCCAUCACGAUCGGAACGAUAGCGCUGGAGGCUUCGGUGCCGAGGGAGAAGCUAAAACCGCUCGCUAAACCACCGUGGGAUCCGUUUAGUUCACAGCACUACACGGAUAUCAUCGGUACGCGUAUACCGGUCUCCAAUAUCGCUCGCCGAUCGCAGGCGGGAAUGGACGAGCUGCCGAACAAUUCCAACAACGUGCGGCUUCACUACAUUGUGCACCGGAACGGUGGCGGCAUGCCGCCCGAUGAGCACUGA